CGGAGCGCGGCGGCACGGAAGGCGGCAUGGAAGGCGGCGGGGCCCCGGGCCGCGCGGGCAGCGCGCUGUUCGCGGGCUUCCGGGCCCUGGGACUGUUCAGCAACGACGUCCCGCACGUGGUGCGGUUCAGCGCGCUCAAGCGCCGCUUCUACGUGACGACCUGCGUGGGCACGAGCUUCCACACGUACGACGUGCAGAAGCUUAGUCUUGUUGCAGUAAGUAACUCUGUUCCACAGGAGAUCUGCUGUAUGGCAGCUGAUGGGAAGCUAGUCUUUGCUGCAUAUGGGAAUGUUUUCUCUGCAUUUGCCCGUAACAAAGAGAUAGUACAUACCUUUAAGGGUCAUAGGGCAGAAAUCCAGCUUUUGCAGCCCUUUGGUGACCACAUCAUCUCUGUUGAUACCGACAGUGUUCUUAUUAUUUGGCACAUAUAUUCAGAAGAAGAAUACCUGCAACUAACUUUCGAUAAAUCGGUUUUUAAAAUUUCUACAAUUUUGCAUCCAAGUACCUACUUGAAUAAAGUACUUCUGGGCAGUGAACAAGGAAGCCUGCAGUUAUGGAAUGUAAAAUCCAAUAAGCUUCUGUAUACAUUUCCAGGAUGGAAAGUUGGAGUGACAGCUCUUGAGCAGGCACCAGCGGUGGAUGUUGUUGCUGUUGGUCUUAUGUCUGGUCAGGUAAUCAUUCACAACAUUAAGUUUGAUGAAACAUUAAUGAAGUUUCGUCAAGACUGGGGACCCAUUACUUCAAUUUCAUUUCGCACAGAUGGUCAUCCAGUAAUGGCCGCUGGAAGCCCAUGUGGCCAUAUUGGACUCUGGGAUCUGGAAGACAGAAAAUUAAUCAAUCAGAUGAGAAAUGCACACUCGACAGCAAUUGCAGGACUCACGUUUCUUCAUAGAGAGCCGCUUCUUGUUACAAAUGGCGCUGACAAUGCUCUCAGGAUAUGGAUAUUUGAUGGUCCUUCGGGUGAAGGACGGCUACUGAAAGUCAGAAUGGGACAUAGUGCUCCUCUUACCAGUAUCAGAUAUUAUGGACAGAGUGGACAACAUAUUCUCAGUGCAAGUCAAGAUGGAACUCUCCAGUCAUUUUCCACAGUACAUGAAAAAUUUAACAAGAGCUUGGGACAUGGAUUAAUAAAUAAAAACAGAGUGAAACGUAAAGGACUUCAGAAUACCUUGUCAGUAAGACUUCCUCCUGUCACAAAGUUUGCAGCCCAGGAAGCUCGUGAGAGUGACUGGGAUGGUAUCAUUGCUUGCCAUCAAGGUAAGCUAUCUUGCUCAACCUGGAACUAUCAGAGGUCUACCAUAGGAUCUUACUUUCUCAAGCCAAAGGAACUGACAAAAGAUAACAUUACUGCAACAGCAGUAGAUAUAACUUCUUGUGGAAACUUUGCUGUAAUCGGCCUCUCAUCAGGUACUGUAGAUGUAUAUAACAUGCAGUCUGGUAUACAUCGAGGAAGUUUUGGCACUGAUCAAGCUCAUAAGGGAUCUGUGAGAGGUGUUGCUGUGGAUGGAUUAAACCAGCUGACAGUUACAACUGGCAGUGAAGGGUUACUCAAAUUCUGGAACUUUAAAAACAAAAUCUUGAUCCAUUCCAUGAGUCUUGAUUCAUCUCCAAACAUAAUGCUACUACAUCGGGACAGUGGCAUCCUGGGACUUGCCUUGGAUGACUUCUCCAUUACUGUUGUGGACAUAGAAACGAGGAAGGUCGUCAGAGAGUUCUCAGGACACCAAGGCCAAAUCAAUGACAUGACUUUCAGUCCUGAUGGCCGUUGGUUAAUCAGCGCUGCCAUGGAUUGCUCCAUCAGGACCUGGGACCUUCCAUCUGGGCGCCUCAUAGACUGCUUUUUGUUGGACUCAGCUCCUCUCAAUGUAACUAUGUCCCCUACUGGAGACUUCUUGGCAACUUCUCAUGUGGACCACCUUGGAAUUUAUCUCUGGUCUAAUAUUUCCCUGUAUUCAGUUGUUUCACUACGACCACUUCCUACAGAUUAUGUACCUUCAACGGUGAUGCUUCCUGGUACUUGUCAAGCUCAAGAUAUGGAAGUAGAAGAAGAAGAAGUAGAACCAAGUGAUGAAAUGAUAGAGUAUGACUCACCGGAACAGUUAAAUGAGAAGUUGGUAACUCUGUCCCUUCUCCCUGAAUCACGGUGGAAAAACCUGCUGAAUCUUGAUGUUAUUAAGAAAAAAAAUAAACCAAAGGAGCCACCCAAGAUACCCAAAUCAGCACCAUUUUUUAUUCCAACUGUCCCUGGACUUGUACCCAGAUUUGCUGUCCCUGAGCAAAGCAGCGAUCCCCAGCAGUCGAAAGUAGUAAAUCUUGGGAUUUUGGCUCAAAAAUCAGAUUUCUGCCUGAAACUUGAAGAAGGACUGUUCAAUAAUAAAUAUGAAGCUGCUCUGAACCUUCUGAAAGAAUUAGGCCCCUCAGGAAUUGAGACAGAGCUGCGAAAUUUGUCUCCGGAUGGUGGUGGGUCUCUAGAGGUCAUGCAGAGCUUUCUGAGAAUGAUUGGAAUGAUGUUGGACAGAAAGCGGGAUUUUGAGUUAGCCCAGGCUUACCUUGCAUUGUUUCUGAAGUUACACCUCAAAAUGCUUCCUUCAGAGCCAGUACUCCUAGAAGAAAUGACAAAACUGCUUUCACAAGUGGAAGAAAACUGGAUUCAUUUACAGUCACUCUUCAAUCAAAGCAUGUGUGUUUUAAACUAUAUCAAAAGUGCCUUGCUGUAAAAGUAAACUUAAGAGUUUAAAAUAAUCAAAGAUAUAAAUUAAAUGGGUUCAACUUAACUCAUGUAGGAGAUGUAAAGUUGUGCUGAAUUACAUGGAAGAUGUCAGCUAAAAUGGAUCAUAAUAUAGUUAUAAAAAUCACAUUAUCGUAAAAGGAAUAUUUCCCUUCGGGAAGCCUUUUAUGAAAAUGUGAAGUAUUGACUUGGAGCUCCUGGACAUAUCUGACAUCUUCAUGUACAGCCUUCUAUUGCAGGAGAGUAGGAAUAAGGUCUGCUGGGAUCUCCUUGGAUUCAGCUUCCUAACACGCACUGCUGCUUUCCCUGUUACCACGUUCCUAAAGAAAGUUGUUCUUGAAUCAGAAUGUGAAUGUUACUUGCCUGGUUCAAAUCGCUCUGGGAGGAGUCUGAACACACUCCUAAGAUUCCAUCAGCGGUUGCCCUCGUGGGCUUUCCUUCUGAACGCAGGACUUGUGUGGGGAGGAGAAGCCACGGCUGUACUUUUCCUCGUGAUCCCAGGUCCUCAGCAGUUCCUUCACUUCUCACCGUCUUUUUCUUUAUGGUCCAGAGUGCUACCUUUAGCUUGUGUGUCUAAAAUGAUGAUCAUUCCUUAAGUGCAGCUGACUAGGUUUGAACACAAAUGACACUGGUUCAGCAUUAGGAUGACAGGAUUUUGAAGACUGAUCUCUAGAUAAGAGCAGUUUAAAAGUAGUUAACUAAUGGGAAAUUAAUAUUUCCAUCUAAUGGGUAUGAUGGACCUACUAAGUUACUAUAAAAGUAACCCAGUGUGACUUAGUACUCAUUCUUGUUUGUAUUUUUGAAGUGUGUAUCAGUUUAUUAAAGCCAGUGUUGACUUUGGAAACUGUAUUUCCCUCUGUGCAAAAUGCAAUAUUAUGAAGAUGUACUACAGCUCUAAUAAAUUAAAUACUUUGUAAAGAUUGUAAAUAACUAAUACAAAAUAAUGAGCUAUAAACUGAAACACUCCUUUUUAACUGAUGAAUUGAAUUUUCUACUCUCUGAAAUGAGCAUCCAGAAUUGAGUAUUUUUUUUUAUUGAGGAUCUUUAUUUUUUUCAGGUAACCUUCCAGAACCUUUCCUGCACAUUUACUAACAAGGAAGGGAGGAAGAGAUUGAAAUAGGAACUACAGUAUUAUGUGUAGUAUUUUUUGAUCAGUAUGUGUAUGCUGUUGUAUCUUUAUGCACACAUAACAAAAAACAUUUUACUGUAAAAAGUGAGACAAGUCUUUUUUAUAGUAGUAUGUAGCUACAGGAAAUAAAAUGUACAGUGUUGGCUUUUACAUAAAGGUUGAAUAUGACUCUCAGACUUUUCUACUUGCUCUUAUUUUACUACAUUCAUACUUGACUGAUCUCUAUGCUUUUGUAAUCGGAUUCACCUAUUUUUCUUAUAAUGUAAAGUUCAGUAUUUAUCUCCUAAUUACAGACAGUGCUGAAGUGAGCAUCGUGUUUUGAGUAAAAAUACUAUUUUAUUUCAGAAAUUAUUGUAAGGUGCAUAUCUCAAUAUAUUUCAUCAGGCUAUGCAUAUUUUCUGAGUUACUUCAUUUCUUUGUUUUUUGAUCUUUAAAAAAUAUCAGGUUUGUUGCCUUUUUUAUAACUUACAUGCUUUUUUUAAUCUGUUGCUAAUGUUUCCUUUUAGUUGGCUGCUUGUAUAUAGCUUUUCUUGGGAUUUUUUAAUAGAUAUUUCCUAUGUCAAUUGAUAAUUCUUCAUGUCUUGUUCUAAAAUAUAAAGUAAAUCAUCUGCUCUCUUAAGGCA